GAUUCAGAGUGGAGAAAAUUUAGGGUUAGGGUUUUCGAGUGUUAGCUUCCAUGGAAGAAAUCACGGAGGGAGUGAACAAGAUGAACUUGGCCGGUGAUACCUAUAAGAAGAACCUGAUUCAGGUUUCUAACACCAAGAAACCAUUGUUCUUCUACGUCAAUCUAGCUAAGAGGUACAUGCAACAGUACAACGAGGUUGAAUUGUCUGCUCUUGGAAUGGCUAUUGCUACUGUUGUUACUGUUGCUGAAAUCCUGAAGAACAACGGGUUUGCUGUUGAGAAAAAGAUCAUGACCUCAACCGUGGAUAUAAAGGAUGACUCGAGGGGACGUCCUGUUCAGAAAGCGAAGAUUGAGAUCAUGCUCGGGAAGUCUGAAAAGUUUGAUGAACUAAUGGCUGCGGCGGCUGAGGAAAAGCAGGCUGCAGAAGCUCAGGAGCAGAGCUAGACACUUGGAGCUCUCUAAACGAUUUCGGUCUGGUUUCUCUUGAUAUUUUGGUACUAAGUUAAAAGACACUUUAUUUGUUUUAUUUCAUUAAUUUUUGGUGAUUUUGGGACUCAUCAUCCUGGAUGGUUACUUGUACCUGUGAAAAUAUUUAUAUAUACAGGAUCAUAGGAGCAUAAGUUGUCUUCUGUA